GGCUGCUCAAAGGACGGCGGGACUGGGACUCGCUGCUCGGCUCUGCCUGGCUGGCGGAGUGUUGCAGCGGGCUCGGGAUGGGGUUGUGCCUUCCCUGCCUGGGGGGAGCCGCCGAUCAGGUGGUGGAGACGCCGGACCCAGAAAUUAGAAGGCAGCAACUUGCAGAAGCAGCAGAAAAAAGACAAAUGGAGGCUGCAUCUCGUGGUGUUAAGAAUCUCUCUUCUGUGGAACAAAAAAAACGAAAACAAGAAGAAAUGGAGAAACGUCUUGAAUCUGGAACCCAGGGACCAGAAGGAGGCAAUCUAAGGUGGCAGGUUGGAUAAAAUACUGAGCAGCUUCAGAAUGAAGAAGGAUGAAGCUUCGUCUUGCCAAUAACUUGCCAGUUGCUACAGAUGAAUCAAACUUGUUAAUUGUCUAGCUUUCGCUGUUUGCCUCUGAAGAUGCAGCAGUAUUUUGCCAUUGUAGCAGGGUAGCUGACAUACAUGCACUAAGGAUGAAACAAAACUUCACAAUAUCCAGCAAAGAUGCCCUAAACCAAUCACUUCCUGUUUGUGUUGCCCUAUUGUGUAAUGCUGCAUGUCUAAAUGUACUGUAGGGGUGAAUUAUGGGAAUUACGAAUGUAAACAGAUGACAUUUUCAUGCUUUUGUGAUCAUGGGGAACAAUUCUGUUUUCCAAAGUGCCCCUUGUUAAACUUGUUGCCCUCUUACCCCGUUAUACUUGUUCCAAUGAUCUUUAAAUAUAUAUACAGGUAAUCCUUCACUUAAAACCAUUUGUUUGAAGGUUGACAAACUGAUUUGUUUCAGUUGAAGCUACAACUGAAAAAAUGACUUAAGCCAUUUUUCCCACUUACGACCGUUGCAGCAUCCCCAUGUUAUACUUGUAUGAUUCCGUUCAAUCCACUCCACAAUCCUUGAAUCCCUUUCAGUGGAUUAAAUGCCUGAAACCAACAGGCUUGUUUUAAAAGUAAGAACUUCAGAAUCAAAGCUUUAGUGCCUUCUGCUGGUUACACAUUUAACUGCUGCAUUGCCAUGAGGUAAAAAAAUCCCUAUCCUUGUGUCUUAGUUUUACACGUGUUAUGCCUAUGUGCAGGGUUUACAAAAAUACAGGCCAAAAUACUGGACUCUUAUUUUUUAAAAUAAGAAGUGAAAAGAAUACCUACAGGUGUUCUCCUUUACCACUUGGGUGUGAAAAACUCAUGAAAGGACAGCUAUAUGAUCCUACUUCUUUGUGAUGAAAUUUCUUCAUAGAAAUUACUUUUUUAAUUCUUAAAAACUGGUUGGAGGAUAUUAUUCUGCAUCUACAUCCAGUGUAAAAAUAUAUUUAUAUAGUCAUUCGUAUUAACAUACUGGAAUAAAUAUAAACAUAUUAUGUGAUUAUUCUCCCAUAACACCCUUUGCAGUUUACCUGGAAGUGAUGUGGAAAGAAACAGUAAAUUUGUUGAACUUCUAAACUAAUAUAGGAAGUGUUCACACAUCUUGAAUUUUAAGCAAGGAGUAGUAUCGACUUUUAUGAGAGAAAUGAAGGUGCAGUUUAUCUUGCUUUGUAUCAGAAAUAAAGAUAGUUGCUUCUUACUUAUUCCCAAUAUUAUAGGUACUGAUUUUUUGAAAAAAAAAAUGCUUCAGAAAUAUAUUUAAAAGUAAUAACAAGUGUUGUACAUAUGGGUACUGUAUAUGUCGGAGAGAAUAAAACGUGCAAA